GAAUCCUGAAGUGAAUUACUCUCUAGUCCAUUGGAAACUCAUAUAGGACAGCAGAAUCUAGACCUCCAGAGAGCAGCAGGACACAUCUUCAGAAAAUAAGAAGCAUUUGUUCCCUGAGCCUGUUGAAUGAAAGUGCAAUUUCUAUUGUUUUUGGAAUGUCGAAAAGUGACCCCAGCCAUGAGGACCCCCGUCAUCCUUGCUGCCAUUCUCCUGGUGGCCCUGCAGGCCCAGGCUGAGCCACUCCAGGCAAGAACUGACGAGGCUACUGCAGCCCAGGAGCAGAUUCCAACAGACAACCCAGAAGUGGUUGUUUCCCUUGCCUGGGAUGAAAGCUUGGCUCCAAAGGAUUCAGUCCCAGGCUUAAGGAAAAACAUGGCCUGCUAUUGCAGAAUACCAGCGUGCUUUGCAGGAGAACGUCGCUAUGGAACCUGCUUCUACCUGGGAAGAGUCUGGGCAUUCUGCUGCUGAGCUUGCAGAAAAAAAACAAGAAAAAUGAGCUCAAAAUUUGCUUCGAGAGGUAUAGGGAAUUGCUAUCAACUCCUGUACCUUCUGCUCAAUUUCCUUUCCUCAUCCAAAAUAAAUGCCUUGUAACAAGA